ACAGAAGCACACAGGACAGCCAGCCACUCUGUGUGUGAGAUUUACUCCGUAAUUAUUGAUGCUGCCGUUUUUAUACCAUAUAUCCCCUGUUGAACCGCAGGCUGUCAUGGUUUUAUUCUAGUCUAGAAAAAAUAAUUUUCUCCUUUUGCAGCUGUGCAGCCUCUCCGGUUCACAUCCCCGGUUGGUUGCACGGUUGGAGCGGCGGCUGCAGGACGAUGCGUUGGACGGUCUCUCUGUGUUUGUCCUCGGUGGUCUAUUAAAGAGAUUUUAAUUAGCUGAUAAUAACGCGCGUUUGACAUUUACGACGGGACCAUAAACGCACCGCUCUGAUUAUGGAAAAGGAGUCCAGGUUUGAAGACCUCUGAUCAUAUUGGCUCCACGGUCAGCCCAGUGGCCAAUCAGGCGACAGCCAGGCUCACUGAGGUGGGAGACCAACGGUGAACCUGGGAGACCCUCGCACCACACCCACACUGCUUCACCCAUCCCACGCCAUCGCCACCGCCACCGCCAUGUCUAUACCCAGCGGCAGCCCAGAAAGAGAGGGCUCUAGUGGGGCUCCCCCUCAGCUAGAGUGCCCCUCUUCUCCUCCUGGCAUGGACCCAGACCCCCCAUCGACAGGCAGCCCAGUGCUCAGCCCAGACUCAUCUUCCCAUGAUGCACUGCUGUCAGCACCGGCAGCCUCCCCGGCAGACUCGGAGAACCUGAGUCCUGAUGAACUGGAGCUGCUGGCCAAACUGGAGGAGCAGAACAGGUUACUGGAGGCUGAUUCCAAGUCCAUGAGGUCGAUGAGCGGUUCGCGGCGCAACAGCGGCUCCUCGCUGGUGUCCAGCUCCUCGGCCUCCUCCAACCUGUCGCACCUGGAGGAGGACACCUGGAUCCUGUGGGGCCGCAUCGUCAACGAGUGGGAGGAGUGGAGACGCAAGAAGGACAAACUCCUGAAGGAGUUGAUCAGGAAGGGCAUCCCUCACCAUUUCCGCGCCAUCGUCUGGCAGCUGCUGGGCAACGCCACUGACAUGCCGGUGAAGAACCAGUACUCAGAGCUGCUGAAGAUGUCGUCCCCCUGCGAGAAGCUCAUCCGCAGAGACAUCGCCCGCACCUACCCCGAGCACGAGUUCUUCAAAGGCCAGGACAGCCUGGGGCAGGAAGUCCUCUUCAACGUCAUGAAGGCGUACUCUCUGGUGGAUCGAGAGGUGGGCUACUGCCAAGGCAGUGCGUUCAUCGUUGGUCUGCUGCUUAUGCAGAUGCCCGAGGAGGAGGCGUUUUGUGUUUUCGUGCGUCUGAUGCAGGAGUACCGUCUGAGGGAGCUCUUCAAACCCAGCAUGGCCGAGCUGGGCCUCUGCAUCUACCAGUUUGAGUAUCUGCUACAGGAGCAACUUCCAGAGCUGAACGUCCAUUUUCGAUCCCAGAGUUUCCACACAUCCAUGUACGCCUCGUCCUGGUUCCUCACCCUUUUCCUCACCUUCCUCCCUCUGCCUGUCGCCACGCGCAUCUUCGAUAUUUUCAUGUAUGAGGGCCUGGAGAUUAUCUUCCGUGUGGGCCUGGCCAUCCUGCAGUACAACCAGACUGACCUCAUUCAGCUGGACAUGGAGGGCAUGUCGCAGCAUUUCCAGAAGGUGAUCCCCCACCAGUUUGACAGCUGCCCAGACAAGCUGAUCCUCAGGGCCUACCAGGUCAAAUACAACCCCAAGAGGAUGAAGAAACUUGAAAAAGAAUAUACCACAAUCAAGAACAAAGAAAUGGAGGAACAAAUUGAGAUCAAGAGGUUACGCACAGAAAACAGGCUGCUGAAGCAGAGGAUUGAGACGCUGGAGAAGGAGAGUGCCGCUCUGGCAGACAGACUGAUACAGGGUCAGGUGACGAGGGCGCAGGAGGCAGAGGAGAACUACGUGAUCAAGCGGGAGCUGGCAGUGGUGAGGCAGCAGUGCAACACGGCCACCGAGAGCCUGGAGAAAGCGCAGGACACCAUCAAAGAGCUGCAGCAACAGAAGUACACAGAGCCGUUUGUGAUAAAUCUGCAGACUCAGCUGGAGCAGACCAGACUGCACGAGGCCGAGCUGCUGGGAGCACUGAAGGAAAUGCAAGACAAGGUCCUCGACCUGGAGAAGAGAAGCACUUGCCUGCCUGAUGAGAACAACAUGGCGGCUCUGCAGGAAGAGGUGAAGCAGAUGAAGCUGAGGGAGCUGGAGACGCUGCGCUCAUUCAGAGAGAUGCAGGACACUGUCACCGAUCUCAACCAGCGCUGGCAGCAUCACAUGUCCCGCGGCGGCAGCACAGGCGGUGGGGGCGGCCACUGGAAGGAAUCCCCGAAGAAGAACGCCAUGAACGAGCUGCAGGACAAACUGAUGACGGUCCGACUGAGGGAGGCCCAGGCUCAGGCUGAGCUCCGAGAGGUCAAACUCAAAGCUCUGCAGCUGGAGAGCCAGAACCAGAUCCACAGCAAGCUGAUUGGUCGCAACGAUCAGGAACGCUCCGCCCUGCAGGACCGACUCCAGAUGCUGGCCAAUCAGAACAAAGCUCUCCAGACCCAGCUCAACGAGAUGAAGAGGAAGCAGUCCGAGUCCGACUGCAAGAGUAAAGAGGACGUGAUGGCGGUGCGACUGAGGGAAGCAGACAGUAUGGCUGCCAUGGCUGAACUCAGGCAGAAGGUCGCUGAUCUCGAGAUACAGAAGGAGGAAGGGCUGAUCCAGGGCCAGCUGAACCACUCAGACUCCAGACAGUACAUCAACGAGCUCCGGGAUCAGAUCGCUGAGCUCAAGAACGAGGUCAGGCAGUUGCGAGGGCAGAAGGCGACCCCCAGCUCCAGGGUCAGCAGCGGAGGUGGAAGCACCAACUACCAGGAUCUCUGUCUGGCCAGCCCCGCCUCCGCCGAGGGGGACUAUCUGAGCUCAGACGAGGACCUCCUCCCCAGCCCGCUGCCUCCCAACGCCCUUUACCCCGGCCUGUCCGGCCAGUGUCACCCGUCUGCCCGCCUCGACAGCGAGGGCAGCACAGACAGCGAGCCAGAGGAGCGGGCUCUGACACACCCGGACCCACAGCAGCUUUACGGCAGCAUGGUGUGCGCCGAGGUGCUGGAUAACUGAGACCUGGAGGGGUUUCAUCGGAUUUCUUUGAGCUAAAGAGACGCUGGAGCUUUUAAGGACGGGACUACUACUGUAAACUGGGGCUGUAUCAUCCAAUCCAGUCCUCCUCCUCGGCUUUUCCAGUGUUUACCUUUUAACUUGAUGCAGACAUAGUGGCAUUGAUUGGACCUCUUCUGAUCAUCACUACCCGCUGUCUCUCCGCUCCACCACCAUGUUCCCCACACUGUUGGAUCCCGUGUUCCCUGACGAAGAGGUAAUGUAAAGCCUCUCUCCUUGUUCCCAUGUGUAACUGCGCCAGAGACCAUUUAAACACAAACAUAGGGACUGAAACCGGACCAGCAAGACUGUUGUUGCCUCUCGCUGCUCGAGAUCGACCACCGGACCUGAACCUGUGACUGUGACGAGGAGUGAAACCCGGGUAGACAGAAAAUAAACUCUUCCCUCAUAAACCCCAUAAACUGACUGAUGGACACUUGACACACUGUAUGCUCUGUCUACCCUUACAUGAAACCUCCUUCCUGAUUGGUUCAGAGUUAAAUACAUCUUUAUCCUCUCUUUUCCCUUUUUAUGCUCUCGUUAGGAAGACACGCACAAAAAAAACUUCUAUCAGCCAUCCAUUUACCUCUCAGUUAAAAAGAAGACGUAACAGGUAGUGAGUAUGAGAGAGGAGAGGUGCAUUGUAGGAAUACGUACCCAUCAAACCGUAGGGAUAUCACAAGAUGGCAUUCAUUCAUGAAUCGUGAACACUUUAACAUACUAAAUGUGUGUGUUGUCUGUGUCUGUGGCUCAUGUCAAAGCAUAUUCAUCAUAACCCCCACAGAACAAGGAAGGAAGAAACUCAAUGUUGCCAAAUAUUUUGUUGUUUUUUUUUUUAUUUAUAUGUUGUAAUUUAUUUUGAUAUUUUUUUAAAUAUUUUAUAUAUCUAUAUGAAACUAUAGGAGAGAUACCGACAGAGGCCAAACUUUCUACACCGUCCUUUGUGCCAACUAGUCGUCCGUUACAGGUUCGCUGUGACACUGAGUGUUUCAGAGACGGAAAAUGUGCUGCUAUGAUUUUGGAUUUCUUCCAUUUUGUUCUUUCUGUUGUUCCUUUUUUUGUUUUGUUUUGUAAUCUUUGUGAGGUGAACAUGAAACCUCCUGUUUCCCACUAGAUUAGGUUGACCGUGACUGAUCAAAUCUGAAAACUGAUUCCUCCCCAGAGCUUCUCGACAUUUAGCAGUGAUGGGAGGUUUUCUUCAAAACCGAGCAUGAUCAUUGUUUAUGUGCGAGUUAAAGGAACAGUUUGAUAUUUUAGGACGUUUAUUUGCUUUCCUGCUGAGAGUUUGAGACACCGCUGUCCAAUCUGUCUGUUAAAUAUGAAGCUACAGCCAGGAGAUGCUUAGCUUAGCUUAGUCGGGUGUAGUAACUUCAUGUGCACAGUCAAGAAAAAGCCCAGCACGUAAACUCGUUUUCACACAGUUUUUGACGGAACUAAGUAACCCAAUUGUGGCUACAAGUGGUGUAAUGGUAAGCGCUAAAAUAACAUUAGAGAAGGGUCAUAAAGUCAGUAAACUGACUCCGUAAUGUCAAUAACAACUACAAAACCAUUGCAACAUCUACGUAAGGUUUGCUAACAUUAUCUUAGUAUUAUAAGCUAAUGGUCAUACUGGACCAAGGGAGGCUGAAGCAGCUUGUAAAAACCCUGACAGUAUUGAAUGGAGCAAAAAACGCAUUUUAUUAUCAAACGUUUAACUUGUAAAAAGAAGAAUUUGAUAUUUCCCAUUUAUUUCAAAAGUGCGAUUUUAGUCGCUUUAAGCAAACAAGAUACUUGUUAAUUAAUUCAGGCUGUCCUUGUACACUGUCCGUAGCUAUAGCUACCUCUGUAAAGUGAUGCACUGUGAUUCGUAUGUUGCCUAAUCCACGUAAUCGUGAACCAGGACGUACAAAGAACGACAAACUCUGCGCAGGGAUGAGGUCUGGAUGGAUGGGUGUGUCCAAAAACAUCGGACUUUCACCCAUGUGACGCCACCUCCGUAGUUAUUUUAACCCAAACCUGGAUCUUUUUCUAAACCUAACCAAGUAGUUUUGUCGCCUAAACCUAACCAAGUAGUUUCCUGUGAAGAUGGAAGUUUAUUUUGAAAAGACUGUAGGCAUGUA